AAACACAUUAAUGCUGAAGCAGAACCAAACAAUGGAACCAGACAUUAUUCGAAUGUACUCCUCAUCCCCUCCACCACUUGACAAUGGAGCUGAUGAUGACGACGAAGAUGAGUUUGGAGGAUUUUCUGGUGUGAGCACUGCUGGCGUGGCUUUUGCUGAUUUUGAUACGCCGGACUACAGUCAUCCAAAGGAAGAGUUUAUACCCACAAAUCAUUUCAUCCCACUCCAUGAUUAUUCUGACAAUGUAGCUAGCAUUGCAACUUUCACAUCUGUUAAAAAUGGUAAAGAUAAAGACUGCAUUGCAGAGCUUCCUGCUCAUGCUAAGGAGCUUUCUGAUAUGUCAGCUACUAGUACUAUCAAAGAAAAAUCUAAGUUUAGAACUUCAGGUACUGCUUUAGAAGAUGUAAACAGAAGGGGGGAACAAAGAGACAACACUGGAAAAUCAGAGGGUUUUUCUUCUUGUGUGGUUAGAACUGGUGUAACAGUUGAGAGCCAAGAUGAGCAAAUAGAUGCUUGUAAUGGUGAGAAACUUCCAUGUCUAGAGAUUCUAACAAACGGAUUUGCAGCAUCAGACCCUGUAAAUCCUCAGGGAACAGAAGAUCUAGACAGUAUUGGUAACUCAAAGGGACUGAAAACUGUUAGCACCCAUAGUACUGAGCAAAAUUUGAGCUCAAUGCCUAGCUCAGGUGAAGAUGUUGCAGAUUUUGCUACCUUCUCAAACAAAACCCCAAUCCAUUUAGAGGGAGCAGAGCCUACAAUAUGCAGUGUUGUUAAUGAAAGAGACUCAGUGAGCAUUCAGGAGAACAACAGAAUAAACAGAGUAACUCAUAGUGAAGAAGAUGCUUGCAUUUCAGAAAUUAGUUGUGAACAGGGUCCCUCAGCACUGGAAUUUGCAAUUUCUAGUACGUCUGAAACAACUGGAAGUUCAAUAUGCACUACAGAGAAUGGAGAGCGCAAUGGGAGGAGAAGACAACAUCACAUAGAGAAUGGCAAAGAUUUUAGUCGGCCUGAGGAUUCUUCAAAAGCAGCAGACAUCAAGAUUGAUAAGAUCCAAAGCCUAAGCUGUGAUUCUGCAGGAGAAAAACUGUGGGGUUCUGAAGAUCUCAAGAAUGGUGGAAGUAGCACUGAAGUUUUAGCUUGCAGUGACAAGCAUGAUGAUGUGUUUGGUGACUUUGGUUCAGUCAGCAGUGUGUCUCCCACCUUCAGGAAUGUUCAAGACUCAAUAAACACUCUAGAUUCAGAAAGAACUUCUGAACAGCCCGCACAUAUUAGUGAACCUAACGAGGAAUUUGGUGAAUUCAGGGACAUGAGUACUGUUUGUCAACAGCCAGCAAGUUUGGACCAAGCUGAACUAAAUCAGGCUGCUGACACUUUAGAAUGUGAUACUACCAGUAAAACUUCUGGACUAGACUUCCAGCAUACUACUGAGGUAGAAAACGGUGAUGAUACUGAAUUUGGAGACUUUGAUUCAGUGCCAAAACCUCAAGAUGAGAGUGUUGCUUUCCAGGACUCGGAUGACUUUGCGGACUUCAGUUCAGCAGGUUGUAACCAGGCUACAGACUGGAAUGCUUUUGAAGAUGAACAAAAAGACAGCUGCUCUUGGGCUGCCUUCGGAGAUGAGCAGGCUGGUGAAUCUCAUCACAGAAAAGAGACGUGGCAGUCACAUAGGACAGAUGAGUCUGCCAGCAGUGAUGGCCCAGUGUUACACAAGAGCGACAGUGUUGCUUCAUCUUUCCAAGGGACUAUCAGUAAGCAAUCCCAAGAGCUAUCACCUUCAGUUCAGACAACAUUGCUAAGUCGUCUGGAACGAAUAUUUGAAGUCUGUUUUCCUUCCAUGCCUGUUGCUGAAAUUGAAGAAGAAAUUAGUUCCUUGAAUCAUUUGUUGGAAGCCGGUGAAAAGCAGAUAACAACUGAGGAAACCUUAGGAAGUACUACGGAACUUAUGGAUGUGUGGACAGAGCUGCAGGACAUCCAUGAUGCGUACGGACUGAGAUACCAGUGGGGUGGCUCCCACAGCAACAAAAAGCUUUUGUGCUCCCUGGGAAUCGACACAAGAAAUAUUCUCUUUACAGGCAACAAGAAGCAGCCUGUUAUAGUACCCAUGUAUGCAGCAGGACUGGGUAUGUUAGAACCUACCAAGGAACCUUUGAAACCAAUAUCUGCAGCAGAAAAAAUAGCUUCAAUAGGACAGACACCUCCUGUAUCACCAGAGAUGAACACGUGUGCAUCUGAUCAGUUCCAGGAAUCUCUACCACCUGUCCAGUUUGACUGGAGUAGCAGUGGCCUUACUAACCCUUUAGAUGCUAGUGGAGGUUCCACUCUUCUGAACCUUGAUUUCUUUGGGCCCGUGGAUGACAGUAGCUCUAGCAGCACCACCACAAUCCCAGGUGUGGAUCCUGAGUUGUAUGAAUUGACAACUUCAAAACUGGAAACUUCCAAUGCAAGCAGCAGAGUGACUGAUGCAUUUGCAAGGCUUAUGUCCACAGUGGAGAAGGCAAGCACGUCCACAAGGAAGCCUAAAAAGGAAGAACAUCUUAGUGAAGAGGCUGCCAAGGUGAUUUCUAGCCUUCCUGACUUAACUUUCAUGCAUGCCAAGGUGUUGAUGUUCCCAGCCACAUUAACACCUUCAACAAGCUGCCAAGAAAAGGUAGACUAAAGUGAUGUGAAUUGGACAUUUUCUAUUGAUUUUUUUUUUUUCUUCCCAUUGCGGGUCGUAAAAAGCAAUCUUGCUUUAAUUAAAAAAAUAUCAAGUUCAGAUGAUUUGUUGGUAAGCAGCACUAGAAAGGUAUACAUAGUAAUGUAUAUUUAUUUACAUACUGGAGUCCUAAAUUUAUAUUAGAGAAAAAUGUAAAUAAUUGGGGGUAAAUCUUUUUGAAGAUCUAUUCUUUUUGUUGUGCUGGGCUGUAUACAUUUAUGUCUUUGUGAAAUACACUGGUGGUGUCCUUCUUAAAAAACUUCUAAAAGUUAAAAAAAAUUCCUAUACACAUAAUGAAAAAUUCAGUCUUCACAAUCUGUGAAGCUCCCCCUUAAGACUUUCAGACUGCAUUGAACAACUUUUUCUUUCCUGCAUAUAUUAAAAUACUUCUUGCUGGAAAAA